AUGUCCACUGCCUCUGUUAUUGAGCAAUGUGAUCCACAACAAUCGUCGUCAACGUCAUCAUCUGAAGAGACGCCAGAAUGUAUUCGAGAAAUAAUCAGAAGACAAGUGCCUUCAGGUUCAUACUGUCUGAGCCCUCAACCGCAGGAUCAUCCCUACGAUCGGCCACCGCCAAGGGAGCAUCCGACAAUGAGACUUCAAAUGGUCCCACGACGACCGGCAACCGAGAAUCCGGUGAUCGCGUCGCUCAUCAAUACGGUAGCUCAGGCUAGAGAUCGGAAGCGACAACGGGAAGAAACAAUGUAUCCAAGGAGGAAUAUUGGGCAACAGACGGAUAGUGAUGAGCCAAUUACAGUAGAACAACAAGGGCCAAACUUUUAUGAUAGUGGAAUUUCAGCGACGAAGCGGGUACGGAGAGAGAACAGCUGUUCUUCAAGGAGAGGAGAAAAGCGGUCUUUUCCGAUUUCUUCUUCGUCUUCUUCGUUUUUUCCUUCCCUUCCCCACCAUCCACAUUCACAACGGGGGUUUAUAGCGCCUUCCGAUGACGAGCCUCGACCUGUUAUAAUCAAGGAAUCAAUCGGGAUCAACACAACUGAAACGAUGGCACCUGCGAGACCACAGCAUCUGCCAUCGACUUCUACUGAUCAACAACAACCAUCAUCAUCCUCAUCAGAAUUCCCGAAUAAUCCCCAUAUUCGACAAUUCCGAUCAGCAGGUCAUCGACGGCGAGAACGUGAUAGUCCUGCUUACCGCCAAGCACGUCGAGAACGUCGUGAACGAAUUCAUCACGCUGAGACGAUACGUCUUCAACUGGAGAAUCAUAUUCAGACUGUCGACGGAAUGGUACCUGGAGGACACGUCUGUAAUUAUAGAUGUCCGCACUAUCAACAAAUUAUUAACAAUGCCAUGAACCAUUUCGAUCCUAGCUCAUGUCCCCCACCAACUGGACCAAAUGCUGUGUCCCCUACAGUUGCUCCUGGAGCAUUCCUCCGUACUUCUUACAAUACAGCAGUUCUAUUCCCGAUUCCAACGUAUCCGGCGGUACAGGUCCCGGUGAUGGGCUACGCCGCCUACACUCCUGUCACGCCUACACCACCAGCACAGGCUCCUCCACCGCCACCAACGAUUCAUGCGCCGGUGGCGGUUCGGCCAAGUCAACCUACACCUCCUGGCUUCCCGCCGAGCUUGUAUUCACUUACUAGAGCCAGCUUUGCACCUACUGGAAUGCCGGACUACAUGGAUUACUUCCGACACCCCAGCUAUCACUAUUUGUUCCCAUCAAUGGAUCGUUUGGGGUUGGAUAGACAUCAUAUGUUUGCUGGAUUGGAAAUCGACGUGCCUAUUGGAGCAUCUCAGACGGAUAUCGAUAAGUACACCAACGAGACAAAGUAUGCCAAGAAGGAAGGAGAAGAGGAGGAUGACACGUGUACAGUAUGUCUGAACAAUUUUGAAGCUGGAGAGAGCAUACGAAAACUGCCUUGCAAUCACCUCUUCCAUCCGGAAUGCAUCUACAAAUGGCUCGAUAUCAACAAAAAAUGUCCAAUGUGCCGUGAGGAAAUCGACCGAAAGCCAGUUCCAGCUACUACUCAACAACCGGUGCAAGCUGUCCCAGCCAGUGCUCAAUAA